AUGAAGCACUUGCGGAUACAUGGUUUACAACCAACAUUCAAAACGAUAGAACCACUACCAUCUCCGAAAACAACACCACCAACUGCAGUGCAACCGACAAAUCCACCACCUUCUCAAGCACCACCUUCUCAAGCACCACAUUCUCAAGCGACAACAUCGCUAGCUGUGCAAACGAUAGAACCACAUCUUUCUCCGGUGACAACAACACCAACUACUGUGCAAGCGAUAGAAGCAACACCUUCUCAGACAUCCUCUCACUCUGAAGAUGUGGUAGAAGAUGAGCCAGAAAAAAGGAAUUCUACAUUUUGGGAUGUAGAAGUUAUUAAUGAGGCGGGACAUAUUUCAAAGACACACUUAAGGGUAUCAGACGUGCUUGAAGCUCCUCCUAAUGUUAGCAGAAUAAUAACUAGAUGGAAUUCAAAUGGGCAACCAAUAGGAUCAACUGCUGGUUUGUUAGACGGUUUUUUGGGUGAAAUUGCAAGGAAGUUUAAGGAUUUUCCUAUAAUGUACGACAAUUGGAAACUAGUUCCAUCGACAAGAAAAAAUGAAAAUUUUAAGGAUAAAAUACAUUCAAAAUUUGUUGUUGAUGAUGAAGACAACAAAAAAUAUAUCCUUUCAAGCCUUGGAAAGAAAUGGUGAGAUGCACGAUGUAGGUUGUUUAAGAAAUUUUACAAGUGGGAUCUUUCUUUGGAGGAAAAUCUACAAAAUUAUC